AUGUCAUCUAAUUUAUUGGCUAUCAAGACACUCAGACCAGCAAUUGUCAGUGCAUCAUUGCCAGUUGCACAAAAAAGAUGUUUGAAAUUAUAUAGAAAUGCACUUCGUUCAGUACCUGUCAUCAUUCAAUACUACAAUCUCUCAUACAACGUCUCUGAAAUGAAACAAAGAAUCAGAGCUGACUUUGAACAAUAUUCAAAUAUUACAGACAAGACUAUUUUAGAUCGUGUUGCUUUCAUUGGUGAAACAGAACUCUUUGACGCAGUAUCAUUAUUAAAGACUAGAUCUCAUGUUGUAAACUAUUUCGAAGAACAAAUCACACCAGCCAAGCAAUUGUCUGAAGGUGAAGAUCUAUUAAAGAAGUUCUUUGCCAAGAUUUAA